UUCCGGGCAUUUUUUUUUUUGGACAACAACUACUUUUUUACGAAAAUGAGCCGUUCAGGGGCUGAAAUAAAAGACAGUGCUGAUCCCCUGAAUUCUACAUCUCUCCCAGUGGAAAUAGUACCUGUGGAGGAUACUCCACACACACAAAUGUUUGAGAGCCAGUCAAAGUUUAUCCAGGACAGGAUAACUGCCACAGAGAAACACUUUGGUCAGCUGUGUGAAACUUUCUCUUCCUAUACAAGAAAAACUGCAAGGCUUAGAGAUAAAGGUGACCAAAUAUCGAAGGAUAUGAUCAGCUAUGUUGAGGGAGAGACAUUGAAUCCUUCAUCAAAAGAAUACUUCUCAGAGUUUGCACACAACCUUUCAGCCAUACAGGACUACAGAAAUGCUCAAGUGACACGACUAGAGUCGAAAGUUCAGCAACCUUUAAGCAAUUAUGGACUUAAGUGUAAACAUACAAAAGCUGAUCUUAAAGCAGCAUUUGCUGCAAGAGACAAAGAAACAAAAAUACGCAAAAAGUUGGAAGUGGCAAGAACUAAAGGUGAUACACGUCAGAUAGCAACACUGGAGACUGAUUUGCAACGUGCCAGCGUGGAUGCUUCUCGGACAACAAAAAAUCUGGAGCAGCAGUCGGAUAAAUUUGAACUGGAAAAAUUGCAAGAUGCAAAGAAAAUAAUGACAGAUUUUGUAAUGAUAGAGAUGGCAUUCCAUGCUAAAGCACUGGAAGUGUAUUCUCAGUGUUACCAGAGCCUCAGUAAUUUAAGUGUAGACCAGGAUAUCAGGGAAUUUAGAGCUAAGAUGCGUCCAUCAAGCAGUUCAGCACGUAUGAAUAUGGCAAGGACAGGCUCAGUAUCCUCUGUGAGUUCAAGCACAGUUCAUGAGAAUACGCCUCGAGCAGAUCUACGAGGUUCUCCACAAAGACAGCAACAAACAGCACAUCGUCAGCAACAAGCAAGACCUACUGCAAAUGGUGUAGGGAACAUGAUGGAUGAUGAUGAAGAAGAAAGUGAGGAAGAGGAAACAGAUGAAGAAGAGGGAGAAACAGACGAGGACGAGAGUGAGGAGACUGAGGCUGAGACUGACAGAGGUCAUCAUGUACAGGCAAUACGUCCAGCCAGUAGGAGAUGAAACGAUAUAUUAUGAAGAAAACACAAAAUACUGUUUAUAAAAGAGUUAAUUCUGUUCCCUGACCAGUUUAUCAGUCCAUUAGACAAUAUAUUAGUUAGGUUAUCAAUGAAAAAUCUUUGUCUUGAAUUUAUUUUUCAUAUGAUUCUACUAUUCAGAUAUUUUGAAACCUUGUAAAGGAUGUAUAGCUCAUUUAGUUGAAAAAGCCAUUCAUUCAGCUUCCAAAAGGUAAGUUGUACCCAGAUGUUGGCCCUUGUUUGAAAUGAUGCACAGAAAGGGUCUUCCUUCACCAUUAAAAGCCAGUUGACCCAGAUUGUGUUGGUUUGAUUUAAAACCAAGUAAACUUUAUUUACAGACUAUAUUUGUUAAUGACUUUUAAAGCGUAUUUAGAUACAAAAUAUGAAAUUUCAGCUUAUAAUUUGCAGCAUAGAAUGAUGGUCAGAUAAAUCAUUCACUAAUAAGCAUGAGAUUGGUAUAACUUUAGUGCAUUUAUGUGUUUUAUUAGCUCACCUGUCACAUAGUGACAAGGUGAGCUUUUGUGAUCACCCUUCGUCCGUCGUCAGUCCGUCCGUCCGUGCGUCCGUCAACAAUUUCGUGUCUGCACGAUAGUGGUUUCAUUUAUGAUUUUAUUUUGACCAAACUUGCACACAACUAGUAUCACCAUAAGAUCUUGGUUCCUUUCUUGAACUGGCUAGAUCCCAUUAUGGGUUCCAGAGUUAUGGCCCCUGAAAGGGCCAAAAUUAGCUUUUUUGACCUUGUCUGCACAAUAGCAGCUUCAUUUAUGAUUUGAAUUUAAUCAAACUUACACAAAACUUGUGUCACCAUAAGAUCUUGGUUCCUUUCUUGAACCAGCCAGAUCCCAUUAUGGGUUCCAGAGUAUUGGCCCCUGAAAGGGCCAAAAUUAGCUAUUUUGACCUUGUCUGCACAAUAGCAGCUUCAUUUAUGAUUUGAAUUUAAUAAAACUUGCACAGAACUUGUGUCACCAUAAGAUCUCGUUUCCUUUCUUGAACCGGCCAGAUCCUAUAAUGGGUUUCAGAGUUAUGGCCCCUGAAAGGGCCAAAAUUAGCUAUUUUGACCUUGUCUGCACAAUAGCAACUUCAUUUAUGAUUUGAUUUUUACCAAACUUGCACAUAACUUGUAUUACCACAAGAUCUUGGAUCCUUUCUUGAACUGGCCAGAUUCCCUCAUGGGUUCCAGAGUUAUGGCCCCUUAAAGGUCCAAAAUUGGCUAUUUUGGCUUUUGCAGCCAUAUAGAGACUUCAUUUAUGGUUUUUUUUGAUACCAACUUCCAAAAUAUCUUCAACAACAAUAAAUCUUGGAUUCCAUGACAAAUCAGAUCCAAUCGUAGAUUCCAGAGUUAUUUUAUAUCUUGAUUACCUCCCCUGAUUUUAAUCAAAAUGGAUUUAUAUCAGUAAGUACUUAUAGGACUUAUUUGAAAUUUCAUUAUUGUCAUUAGUUGGACUGAGCCAAUCAGGGUAGAUAACUAUGGACUGAUUUAAUGUCAAAUUACCUCCCUUUAUUUCAAAUUAAAAUGGGAAUAUCUCCAUAACUAAUGAAGAUACUGAUCUGAAAUUUCAUUUAUGUCAACAGAUUUAUUUGGCAGAUCCUUCUUUUGUUCACUUACAAUAUUUUUUUUAUAAUUACUUCCCUUUUAUGUUACUAUAAAUAGCUUAUUUUUAGUAACUUUUUAGCUCACCUGUCACAAAGUGACAAGGUGAGCUUUUGUGAUCGUGCGGUGUCCGUCGUCCGUCCGUCCGUCCGUCCGUCCGUGCGUCCGUCCGUCCGUAAACUUUUGCUUGUGACCACUCUAGAGGUCACAUUUUUCAUGGGAUCUUUAUGAAAGUUGGUCAGAAUGUUCAUCUUGAUGAUAUCUAGGUCAAGUUCGAAACUGGGUCACGUGCCGUCAAAAACUAGGUCAGUAGGUCUAAAAAUAGAAAAACCUUGUGACCUCUCUAGAGGCCAUAUAUUUCACAAGAUCUUCAUGAAAAUUGGUCAGAAUGUUCACCUUGAUGAUAUCUAGGUCAAGUUCCAAACUGGGUCACGUUCCAUCAAAAACUAGGUCAGUAGGUCUAAAAAUAGAAAAACCUUGUGACCUCUCUACAGGCCAUAUAUUUCACAAGAUCUUCAUGAAAAUUGGUCAGAAUGUUCACCUUGAUAAUAUCUAGGUCAAGUUCGAAACUGGGUCACGUGCCAUCAAAAACUAGGUCAGUAGGUCAAAUAAUAGAAAAAACCUUGUGACC